AUGGAAUAUCACAUGGAGUAUUCGAACGAUAGUUCUCAUAAACCGGAGAAGGAACUAUUUAUGGAGAAAUCGUUUGGUGGUCGAAAGGACAAGGGGAAAAAAAGGUUCCUUUAUGUUUUGUCCGUUGCAGCUAUAUGCCUUGUAGCAGGUUCGGCAUUUUACUUUACACGAACAGAAAAAACAAAUGAUGAUAACAAUAACGAUGAUAUGAUUAUUAACACUUUGUUGAAAAGUCCAGGAGGAAAAAAAUUUAUUAUUUCCAAGUUAACCGAACUGGUUGCUUCAUAUGAUAAGGAAGGAAAUCUCCAGGAACAAAAACCAUCCAACGAAUUGAUUUCCUUUGUGGACAAAAAUGAAAAGAGUGAAGAAAAUUUCAGAAAACGUUUUGGAAAUUUAAAAAAUGGAAAGAAAAUAGUGGAUAUCAAUUUUGCGGACUCCAGAUUUUUGAUGACGAAUUUGGAAAAUGUAAAUUCAUUCUAUCUUUUUAUUAAAGAGCAUGGAAAAAAAUAUCAAACUCCAGAUGAAAUGCAACAGAGAUAUUUAUCCUUUGUAGAAAAUUUAGCAAAAAUAAAUGCACACAAUAAUAAAGAAAAUGUUUUGUACAAAAAAGGAACAAACCAGUACAGUGACAUGAGCUUUGAGGAGUUCCGAAAGACCAUGCUAACUUUACGAUUUGACUUAACUAGAAAAAUUGGCAAUUCACCCCACGUGAGUAAUUACGAUGAUGUAUUAAAGAAAUACAAACCCGCAGAUGCUGUGGUCGACAAUGAGAAGUAUGACUGGCGAGAACACAACGCAGUGAGCGAAAUAAAAAAUCAAGACUUAUGUGGUUCAUGCUGGGCCUUUGGAGCUGUAGGGGCUGUGGAAUCCCAGUACGCCAUUCGAAAAAAUCAACACAUAUUAAUAAGUGAACAAGAAUUGGUAGAUUGUUCUGAUAAAAACUUUGGCUGCUAUGGUGGUUUAGCUUCCUCUGCUUUUGAUGAUAUAAUUGACUUAGGGUAUUUGUGCUCCGAAAGCGAAUAUCCCUACGUUGGAUUCAAACCUCGUACAUGUGAAAUCCGUAAAUGCAAAGAAAAAUACACCAUCAAAAGUUACGUUAGCAUUCCUGAGGACAAAUAUAAAGAGGCUAUUCAGUUCCUUGGACCUCUAACUUUGGGACUGACUGUGAAUGACGACUUCUACUACUACCAGGAGGGAAUCUUCACUUCCGACUGUACAGAAGAACCAAACCAUGAAGUUAUGAUUGUGGGUUAUGGUGUGGAGGAAACUUUCAACAGUGAAUUAAAUGCUAAUGAGAAACAUUACUAUUACAUUAUUAAAAACUCCUGGGGAGUUUCGUGGGGUGAAAAAGGAUUCAUGAGAAUUGAGACGGACGAGUUGGGUUUGAAAAAGACCAACAACAUGACCGAUGCAUAUGUCCCCCUGCUUGACUAG